UGAAAGCAUUGUUUUUGGCAUUAAUUUUGAUUUGAAAACUAUUUGAUUGUAAUUUUAAGCAAACGUUUAGUACAAUCAGUUCAGUUGAUCCCAAGAUAUGGCGCAACAGAUAACACAUUUGAUGGCAUCACUCGAGACCACAGAUGACGGCGAAGACAAAGACAUUCAACAGCCGAAGAGUUACGCGAAGGACUCAAUGGACAGAUUUGGUGACGACAUGUUUGGACUCAUAUUAUCGUAUCUCUCACUCGAAGAUCGGUUUCAAUACGAAUGUGUGUCCAAACAGAUCCAGAGGACAGUCUUCGGGAGUGUUGUAGAUAUCGAACUCAAUGAUCAACUCAUUAGCAAAAUCGUUAAAACAAAGACAACAUUCACUCAAACUAUGGAAACAAUUGCCAAAAAGUUACCAAACAUUCAGACCAUUGACUGUCGAGGAAUGAUAUGUAAUAACAAUAGUUUGCAGAUAUUUCACGACAAUUGCCGGUAUUUGCGGCACAUUUACUGCAAUAUGCCUUCAAAUCGUAAUCAACUGAUCCCAAAGUUAAGACCUCUGGUCACCAGAAUUAGUGGAGUUUCGGCCAAACAAUCGUUUAUAAAUUACCACCGAUUGUCUCAUUUGUCGGUCACUUUUAUAGACAACGUAUUUGACCAAAAUUCCGGACUAAUGGCGAAGAAUUUGUUGGGUUUUGAGUUCACAUUCAAUCUGAAAGACUUUAACAAACAAUUGUUGUCCGCAUUCGUGGCCGAGAAUCAGUCCCUCAGAUGUCUUGUCAUAAAAGAGAUCAAAUUCAACACUCGGGAGACACUCAACGAACUGACCGAACAGUUGUCACGAUUACCACAAUUACGGCGAUUGAGACUCGAAUUCCAGGCGUUUCCCAAACACUACCCUUUGGUCGACUCUUUGCGUACAAUUGGUGUGAAUUGCAAACAAUUGCAACGAUUAUCACUCCGAUUGUAUUCUCAAACCACUCAAAUCAAAGUCUCGACAUUGGAUUCACUGGAAGUGUUUCGACAAUUGAAACGAUUUGAUUUAGCGAUCGAUUCUCAAUGGUUUAGUCAAAGGAUUUCGGGCCAAAGAUUGACGUAUUUAUCGCUCAAAUGCUUGCAAUUAUACAGCAAUUUAUUUGUCAAUUGUCACGAACUUUGGCCACGACUUCAAUGCCUAUCCAUUGAAUGCCUAAACUUUAGCCGCCAUUGUUUGGAUCAGAUUUCGACACUACCGGCUCUGCAAACACUUGUUGUUCAAUGCUUUGUAACCAUUGAUCUCUCGGACAGUGAUUUCUCGGAUGUGUUGUUCAAAAGUCCAAAACUAAAGACAAUUGAAAUCCUGGAAAAGAAUGAGAAGAAGUUUUAUUCAAAGUAA